GCCUGCUCCAGCGCUCCCGCCGCAGCACAAACCACCCAUAGGAAAAGAUGGAUUGGAGCACACUGCAGACUAUUUUAGGGGGUGUCAAUAAACACUCCACCAGCAUUGGAAAAAUCUGGCUCACGGUCCUUUUUAUUUUCCGUAUUAUGAUCCUUGUUGUGGCCGCAAAGGAGGUGUGGGGAGAUGAGCAAGCCGAUUUUAUCUGCAACACUCUACAGCCUGGAUGCAAAAAUGUGUGCUAUGACCACUAUUUCCCCAUCUCUCACAUCCGACUGUGGGCGCUGCAGCUGAUCUUUGUAUCCACGCCGGCUCUUCUGGUGGCCAUGCAUGUUGCUUACCGAAGACAUGAGAAAAAGAGGAAGUUCAUUAAGGGAGAGAUAAAGAGUGAAUUCAAGGACAUAGAAGAGAUCAAAAAUCAGAAGGUCCGCAUUGAAGGGUCACUCUGGUGGACCUACACGAGCAGCAUCUUCUUCCGAGUUAUCUUUGAAGCUGUCUUCAUGUAUGUCUUUUAUGUCAUGUAUGAUGGGUUCUCCAUGAAACGUCUGGUGAAAUGCAGUGCUUGGCCUUGCCCCAAUACAGUGGACUGCUUUGUUUCCAGGCCCACAGAAAAGACUGUAUUUACAGUUUUCAUGAUUGCAGUGUCUGGAAUUUGCAUACUGCUAAAUGUCACUGAAUUGUGUUAUUUGCUAAUUAGAUAUUGUUCUGGAAAGUCAAAAAAACCAGUUUAACACAUUACCUAGCAACUAGAUAGAAGACAGACAACAGCAUGAAAGGAUGAGGUAACCUCUGCUCAGCUGUCAAGGCAUAGUCACCCAUCUCCCAAGGUAAAGAUACACGUCUUAAAUGUAAUCACCUGAAACCCUGUACACCUCACACAAAACUCCAACUGCCUACGAUUUAAAACUUCAAAACAAAGGCUUAGUUCUAUGCCUAUACUAAUUUUUACUAAACUUCGUGCUGGUAGGAGUUAUUGUAAGUUAUUUUCGUAUUUUAAAUAAAGGAUACAGGCAUUUGCUUCUCUUUC